AAGCAUUUUGGCAUGAACUGCUAGAGGGGGCUGCUGCACGGUGUACGCCACAGUAGUUUGCCUUGACCCUUCCGUGAACUGCAGUCGGUUGACGUGAACAACAUUGCUUAUGCAGCGCUAUGGAGUCAGUGGUCUACAGCAGACAACAGUUACAAGGCAAAGUACUAACAGUGACCGGGCCAGUCUCACCAGACAGCUUGGGGAAGACUUUGAUGCACGAGCACAUCAUAGUGGACUAUGCCAAGAACUUCGGGCUGCCUAAGGGUGAAUCUUCACGCGCGAGGGUAGGCGGGCUGUCAUUGGAUGAGCAGUUGAAGUUGUGGGAGGAGCCACUGUCAAUCAACAACAUUGGGCACUGCAGGGGGUACUUCAACCAGAACAAAGACAACAUGGUGUUGGACAACGAACAGAUGAUGAUGAGUGAAAUGGAACCCUACAAGAAAUUUGGAGGGGGAACCAUUGUUGAACAGUCUGUGUGUGGGAUGAACGGGGAUCCUGCAGCUCUCGCCAGAAUCAGCGAGGCUACAGGAGUGAAGAUUGUUCACGGCACUGGCUACUACCUGUCACGUGUCCACCCUCCGGACAUGGACAACAGAACAGUCCAACAGCUGACAGAGCAGUUCCUGCAGGAGAUUCUAGCAGGACACAAAUGUGGUGUGCAUGCCGGUAUCCUGGGGGAGCUGGGCUGUACGACCGUCCUGACAGAGAAUGAGGUGAAGGUGCUACAGGCUGCAGCUGCCACUCAGCAGCAGACAGGCGUGUCCAUCUCCAUCCACCCAGGUUAUAGCAAGGAGUCACCAGUUGAAGUUGCCCAGAUCCUUCGAUCCUCCGGUGCGGAUCUGUCACGAGUGGUGAUCAGUCAUGUGGAUCGGGGGAUCCUGACGGUGCCUGACAUGAUCGCCCUGGCCAAGCAGGGCUGUGUUCUGGAGUUUGACCAGUUUGGCUGGGGCUGUUCUUUCACUCAUGCUCUAUCCCACGGUAUUGACUAUCCCAGCGACUUUGAGCGCUGUAGGAUGAUCCGAGAACUAAGAGAUGCUGGCUUUAUCAAACAGGUUGUGCUGUCACAUGACAUUGCCUUUAAAACGCGGCUGCUGAGGUACGGAGGGGAGGGUUACUGUUACCUGCUGAAGAACAUCGUCCCGUACAUGCUGCAGAGAGGGCUGUCAGAGGAGGAUGUUGACACCAUGCUUGUACAGAAUCCCAAACGUUUACUGACUAUUGUCUAAACUGCCUCAUCUACAAUGUCUGUAGCUUUGUACACCCAGGUCUACUUUGGGUACACAAAAUUACAUAACACACAAUACACUAAUACUAGCAUUAUACAUUUAUAGGUACACAUCUACUA